AUGAAUAAAUGUCAAGUUAAAGAUAAACGUCGAUACCCCUAUCACAUGUUAUUCGCUAAGACACAGAUGAACAUGGCGCACGGAACUCGGAGGUGCGGUGCAUGUAAAAUAGAAAUUGGGAAUUGCGGGAGCACGGAUAGCGUGCUUGAUAACAAUGCAUUCUUUUUCGUUCGCGAUUGUACAAAAAAGAGAAAUGGCAGAGUCAAAUCCACUUACGGAAUUUCAUUUAAAUUUAGACUGCCAUUUUUACCCGGUGGAGCUAUAGAAUACAACCAUAUUCCUGUGUUGUACGUUUGCAAUAAGAAUCUCAUUCAGAUUCCUCCGAAUCCAAGGAAUCCAUUGGAAGUUCAAUUGGAUUACCCAUAUGUGACCAUCAAAGAAGAAGUUGCCGGAUUUACUCCUCCGACAGAUCUCGUGAACUGGUUGAACGACGGAAACAAGCCAAUUUAUUUUGGCUAUGGGUCGAUGCAUAGUUUUAGCGAUUCUGUUGGUCGUGUGAAGUUAUGGCUGAAAGUACUGGAUAAACUUCCGGAAUUACAUCGAGCCUGUAAAAUUACCAGAACUACAAGCGGCCAUUCGUUCAGGUCGGGUUUUCCUAGUUGGACAUAUUCCUCAUGCCUGGCUAUUCCCACGAGUUGCCUGCGUGGUACAUCAUGGAGGUGCAGGGACGUCACACGCCGUUGCCAGAGCGGGAGUUCCAUCUGUGGUGUAUUAACUGACGAAAAAAUCCAAGAAAGAGCUGAGGAGUUGGGUCGAAAGAUUCGGAGCGAACACACACACUCACCAAUAUCAAACAUUGUAUCAUUUAUUGAACAAUAUUGGGAUCGAGAGAAAUGGGACGUGAUGACGUUGUAUGACAAUGAAUCUACAAUGGAAUCAUGGAUUCAGGAUGAAGAAUCCAAUGAACCGGAAAUCACGAUUAAGGAGGAUAAUUUAUCAGAUGUUGCAGGCGAGAAAGCCAAUGAGUCCGAUGAUUCCUAUGCUAGCCAACCCCUGAUAGUAUCCACCAGGUCGAGUGCAUUUGAAGUGAACGGAAAAAGAAUGGAAGAAAGUAUAAUGGUACCAACAAAGAUCGAGGUUGAAAACAUUAUG